GAUGAAGGCUGUGCUUUUCUCGCUUCAGCUCUGAGAUCAAACCCCUCACAUCUAAGAGAACUGCAUCUGUCUGGGAAUAAAGUAGGAGACUCAGGAGUGAAGUUUCUCUCUGCUGUACUGGAGAAUCCUCACUGUAAACUGGAGGAAUUGAGGUUGUAUAAUUGUGGAGUAUCAGAUGAAGGCUGUGCUUCUCUCGCUUCAGCUCUGAGAUCAAACCCCUCACACCUGAAAGAUCUGGAUCUGUCUUGGAAUAAUAUAGGAGACUCAGGAGUGAAGUGUCUCUCUGCUGUAAUGGAGAAUCCUCACUGUAAACUGGAGGAAUUGAGGUUGUAUGAUUGUGGAGUAUCAGAUAAAGGCUGUGCUGCUCUCGCUUCAGCUCUGAGAUUAAACCCCUCACACCUGAGAAAACUGGAUCUGUCUGGGAAUAAAGUAGGAGACUCAGGAGUGAAGUUUCUCGCUGCUGUACUGGAGAAUCCUCACUGUAAACUGGAGAAACUGAGGUUGGCGUAUUGUGGAGUAUCAGAUGAAGGCUGUGCUGCUCUUGCUUCAGCUCUGAGAUCAAACCCCUCACACCUGAGAGAUCUGAAUCUGUUUAGGAAUAAAGUAGGAGACUCAGGAGUGAAGUUUCUCUCUGAUCUAAAGAAUGAUGAACGUUACAAUCUACAGACACUGAAUGUUUACUGGUGAUGAACAAUUGUGUGUGAAGACUCCAGUGUUCCUGCAUUUCCGUGUCUGCAAACCGAGAACACGUUUAUCUACAGGAUCUGAGGAGUUAAUGUGAAAAAGCCCAGAGCAGAAGGAGUCCAAAUCACAUGUAUUACUUUGUCCUUUAGUUAGUAUUUAAUAGAGUUUCUAUCUUUAUGCUACAGGAUCAGACCCAACCCAUUCUUUAUUUUCUCUCUGAUCUGAUCUCCAUUUCUUACUAGUGUCAGGUGAUCAACCCAGUAUGGGAUCAGUGCCAUCUUUAGUGCCUGCAUACACACACACACACACACACACACACACACACACACACAGACCUGGAUGUAUAUAAUGUGUAUAUGAUGUACUAUUUUAUUUACAAUAACCCCCAUAAAACUAUAAUCAUUUUAUAUAAAUGAUAGAAGAAAAAUAAAUAGAGUUUUAUUUACUCUUCUUUCUUUCUUUCUACACCACUUUUUGAAAAUUUCCCCACGAAUAAGGUUUUAUCUUAAAAGCUUAAUAUCUUCUAGUGUGUUCUAUAUUUUGUUUUUAUUCUGCUUAGUCCAUUCCUCCUCCUCACACAUGUUCUCUCUCUUUAUCCUUGUCAUUACUAAAAUUGUACACUGGUGUGGGAUCCUUCCAUUCACUUUUCCCAGGUUCAUCCACCAUCACAUCCCAGCACUCGGCCAUGAAGUCAAUGAAAUGUUCCACAGUGUAAAUCAUAGAAAGCAGAGUUUCAGAGUGACCCUCAUUACCAAGUCCUCUGUAGGCCACUAUUUAAUUACUUCCUAUUAGAUAUGAAUUGUUUUACAUUUACAUGAAUUGUUUUUCCUCCCAACAGAGUUUUAGACUGAUGGUAUUUUAAGUUUGCACUUUACUGAACCAGUAUUGAUUUAUUCCUCGAUGGAGACUCAGAGCACUUUAUUAUAGGACCCAUUCAUAGUGUUGACACAAUCUUAAUUUAAUACUGAUAUUUGAAUUUAAUAUUAAAAAAUAGUCAUAAUUUCACAGUCUGAGGUUAUUUCAGAUCAUUACCGUAACUCUGCCAUCGGUCAUAGUGUAAGUACUUCUCCACGUUACCGUGAUAAACGUACAGUCACAUCAACUACAGCAGCAUGGGUUAUUGAUAUUAAUUGAAUAUCCCUCUGACCUCACAGAACUCAACUCUGCAACUGAAUGUCUGCAAUCAACUUUGUUAUACCUGAGAUGAUGGAGCUCCCAUUAAAACUAAAAUGAUCAGAGAGAAAAAAUGUGUACCAUUGUACAAUGAUCAUCUGCUAUGAUAGCUGCUGUUAAAAAGUGUAAUGUUUUCAGUAAGAUGUAACAGUAAGAAGCUUUCAGAAGUUAAUAAUAAAUAAACAAAUAAAUAC